AUGUCGUUAGAAUCGGUAAACGAAAAAGGCUUGACAGUAUUCUUUAAUUCAUUUCCUUUGCCUCCAUGCAGGGAACGUCCAGGUGCCACAGAUUGUGCUGCUCUUUCAUGGUUCUCGCAUCAACAUCUGGGCGGUUCUUCGUUGGUAGAGGUGACGCCUACUCAUCCGGAAUCCAAUGCAGAUCUCUCUGGCAGUUCUAUUCCUCUUUCGACCAUCUUGACUCCCACUACCUCUGCAAUUGUGGGUAAUAAUAGUCUGGCAGAACACUUUACAUUCUCUAAUUCGGUCACAGAUUCCAGCGAUCAUUGCCCUUCGCAGGCUUCUCCUUGUCUCUCUGGCGGGACCAAGCCCCAGGCUACUGAAGGUUCGGCGCAUCAAGCCACGGAGGACAGGACCUAA